AUGUCUCAUCAAAAUCAACAGCAGCACCAACACUCCAUUGAUCCCUUUCGCCUCAUCGGCAUCGUUCUAAACCCUAACGGCACCCUCACUCGUUUACGUCACAUUCCGAGCACAGCACCCUCUUCAGACCCUACUCUCCCAGUUCUCACCAAAGACAUAACCAUCAACCAACAAAACAACACGUGGCUACGCUUAUUCUUACCCCAAAUAGCACUAUCCUCAAACCCAAAACACCAGAAGCUCCCUCUCAUUAUUUUCUUCCAUGGAAGCGGUUUCAUCGUCACCAGCGCAGCCUCCACCAUGUUCCACGAAUUUUGCUCCGCCAUGUCCGCUGCCGUCCCCGCCGUCGUCGCCUCCGUCGAGUACCGCCUUGCACCAGAGCACCGCCUCCCGGCGGCCUACGACGACGCGGUGGAGGCGGUGGAGUUUGUCCGAAACAGCCACGAUGAGUGGCUAAAAAAACACGCCGACAUAGGUAAUUGUUAUCUCAUGGGGAACAGUGCGGGAGGAACAAUCGCCUACUUCACGGGUCUACGUGUGACCGAGAUGGCACAUGAUCUCGAGCCGUUGAAAAUCCGAGGGCUGAUAUUGCGCCAGGCGUUUUUUGGUGGGGUCCAGAGGACUGGGUCCGAGGUGAGGCUCGCGAAUGACGAGGCUAUGCCUCUGUCUGUUUCGGAUAUGCUUUGGGAGUUAGCGCUGCCCGUUGGCGUUGACCGUGAUCACGAGUAUUCGAAUCUGAGGGCUGAGAAGUGGAAUGAGAAAUUGGUGAGAGUGAGAGAUCAAGGGUGGAGGGUGUUGGUGAGUGGGAACGGUGGAGAUCCAUUCAAUGAUCGCGAAAAGGAGUUGGUGGAGAUGUUGGAAGAGAAGGGUGUGAAAGUGGUGAGUGAUUUUGAAGAAGAAGGGUUUCAUGGGGUAGAGUAUAGGGAUGAGUCUAAAGCAAAACGACUCAUUGAAGAAGUGACACGUUUCGUUUCCUCAAUUGAUGCUUAG